UCUAUCUCUUUCUUUUGCUAAGCGUUAAGUAUAAUGUAAGAGAUGAACUACCAAUUUUUUUUAUUUAGUCGUAGUAUACUGAUAAUGUAAAUAACGGGGUAUCAAAAUAUUGAUGUUUCUGUUUCAUGAUUCUUUUUAAAAUAAUUUUUCGAGUCUAAAUUACCAUGUCGGAGUCUGCAAGCCGGCAAGUACCAGGGCUAAAUCUUAAUAAAGUGUUUAAAAUCAUAGUUUUAGGUGAUUCGGGCGUGGGUAAAACUUGUCUCACUUACCGUUUCUGCGAGGGUCAAUUUUUAGAUAAAUCUGAGGCCACUAUCGGUGUCGACUUCAGGGAGCGAAUUGUUCGCAUAAACAAUGAAAACAUAAGGCUUCAGCUGUGGGACACGGCGGGCCAGGAACGCUUCCGCAAGUCCAUGGUGCAGCAUUACUAUCGGAACGUCCAUGCUGUAGUCAUCGUAUAUGAUGUCACCAAACCAGAAACAUUCCAUUCCAUCGCAAGCUGGAUGCUGGAAGUGGAGAGUCACGGGCUUAUGAAGUCACCCCGGGUGCUGGUGGGCAACAAAUGCGACUGCGGCACGGCCGAGUCGCGUCUCGCCACCACAUACGCGCAGCGACUCGCCGACAAGUACGGGAUGCCGCUUUUCGAGACAUCAGCUCUUCUCGACGCUGAAUGCGGGACCGUCGACUCCAUCUUCAUGACGCUGGCUCACAAACUGUACUCUAAACAGCCUCUCAGGGUCAUCAGUGUCCAGGGCGAAAACGGGCCGGGAACAGUAAACCUAGCACGCAAGAAACCGCGAACCACUCCACCCAACGAGAGCUGCCUUUGCAGCUAAACUACAAGUCCAUCCUCUUCACUGUUAGAGACGUAUGUCUAAUUGGUUUCUUUUUAAACACGUCAAAACAACUUUAAACCCAAAAUACGGGUUCUUCGAAAACAUACAGAUUCUUAACUCUUUGAAAGCCACGCCUACCGUGCGCAGCAUCGUGAACCUUGCCAGAAUGCACGAAGGUCGAAUUUGGGCUGCAGCCUCGCGCGUCUGUUGACGUCUUUGGCGGUCACAGGCGGUAUGGCGGUCAAAAUCAAAAAGGUACAGGUUUUAACUGUUUGAAAGCCACGCCUAUCGUGCGGGUCAUCAUGGACCUUGCUGGAAUGCACGAAGGUUGAUUUUGGGUUCUAGCUGCGCGCGUCUGUUGACGUCUUUAGCGGUCACAGGCGGUUAGGCGGUCAAAAUCAAAAAGGUACAGGUUUUUAACUGUUUGAAAGCCACGCCUAUCGUGCGCGUCAUUGUGAACUUUGCCAGAAUGCACGAAGGUUGAUUUUGGGCUGUAGCCGCGCGCGUCUGUUGACGUCUUUAGCGGUCACAGGCGGUUUGGCGAUC